AUGGCGCAACAAGAAGAGGAGGGCGUCUUGCAGAACCUGCACGAUGGAAAGCAGACCGACCGAAAUGAGGAUGAUUUAACACCUCGUCGAGAUCCUGGCGAGACUGUGAGACGCGAAGGGAUAUCGGAGGAGCUUAACGACCUGAUGUCCUCCUCGGUUGCGACUCUGAGGCCGACAACUGUACCGACGACCACAACGGCCACACAACACUUGACGGUUGAAUCGAGAACCUAUGUCGACCCCACCCCGCCCACUCCGACCGUCUCUCGGCCCCCUUCACGAGCCCCCUCUUCGGCUCAUCGGUCGAGGCCUGGCUCCUCAAAUCCAUCCCCGACACGGUCCGAUGCUGCCUAUGACGAAAGGAGGUACACGAGCGAGGAUGAACAGGAAGGCGGGUCCAGGUCAGAAAUUCAGAGUAUCAUGGAGCAAUUCAGCGAGGAAGGAGGCGGCCCAGGUGCCGACGAGGUUAUGAGUCCGAGGCUGGAGAUGGCGUCACCCUUGUUGGGCGGCCCCGUCCAGCAUCCUCCUCGGAAGUCGAGCCUGGAGCCCCUCGCGCCCAAUAUUGCUCAGCAACUCCAUGAGGUUCAGGGCCUCCGCCUGUCGACUUCGUCGCCAGCGAGCAUGAGAUCGAAGAGGGAGCACGACGACCAGGGUCCGCCCGUCCCACCGAAGGACGACUCUCUAUAUGCCCCUGGGCGUUCUCGGGAGGACUUACACGGGGCUAUUGAUUCACCUGUGACACCUAUUGCCUCGCUGCACCGCCCGCCCCCCCCGGAGCCCGAACCCGAGCCGGCGUUGCCGUUCGACUUUCACAGGUUCCUGGAGCAGCUACGUAACAAGAAGGCCGAUCCUGUCGCAAGGUACCUGAAGUCGUUCCUCUCAGAGUUUGGGAAGCGGCAGUGGAUGGUACACGAGCAGGUCAAGAUCAUCAGUGACUUUCUUGCUUUCAUCGCGAACAAGAUGGCCCAGUGCGAGGUAUGGAGGGAUGUGUCCGAUGCAGAGUUCGACAAUGCCCGAGAGGGCAUGGAGAAGCUUGUCAUGAAUCGCCUCUACACUCAGACAUUCUCGCCCGCGAUACCACCGCCACAGCCCAUACCCGGGGCAAAACCCAAGAAGAACGGCGAGCGUCCGAUGGGCCCGGGAAGACGGGGUCAACAUCAGGAAGACGUUGAGCGGGACGAGGUCCUUGCCCAGAAGAUCAGCAUCUACGGCUGGGUGAGAGAGGAGCAUCUUGACAUUCCGCCGGUGAGCGAGAGUGGGAAGCGAUUCCUGAAGCUUGCGCAACAGGAACUCCUUAAGAUCAAGUCCUACCGUGCUCCUCGAGACAAGAUCAUCUGCGUCUUGAAUUGCUGCAAAGUCAUCUUCGGUCUCCUCAAGCACACCAAGUCGGACUCGUCUGCCGACUCGUUCAUGCCGAUGCUCAUCUACGUUGUUCUCCAGGCAAACCCUGAGCAUCUGGUUUCGAACGUCCAGUACAUCCUAAGGUUCCGGAACCAGGAGAAACUGGGCGGAGAAGCCGGCUAUUAUCUCUCUUCACUGAUGGGCGCUAUCCAAUUCAUCGAGAACAUGGAUCGGACAACAUUAACCAUCACAGACGAAGAGUUUGAACACAACGUCGAAGCAGCCGUCUCGGCUAUUGCAGAGAAACACCGGGCUGAAGAAUCCUUACCACCUCCUCCCCAAGCCGAAAGGUCGGCUUCCUUGAGACCACCGGGCCCGGGAGGAUCAAGGGCGUCAUCGACUCGGCCCUCCCUCGAUGCCGAUCGCCCAACAAGCCCGCGGCACUCGACCUCGUCAAACGAGGAUCGCGAGAGUGGCGAGUACAGCGGUAGCGACGAGAAGGCUGCCAUCACCGGCUUGCUACGGUCCAUCCAGAAGCCGCUGAGCACCAUCGGCAGGAUCUUUUCAGACGAACCGUCGUCGUCGUCGUCAGCCGCAGCGGCUAGCGCGAGCGUUGCCAGGCCGGUCCGCACGCCGCAGCCGGAGCGGAGCGAUGGGGACUUGCGUACGCGGCAGCGAUUGUCGGCCGAAGAAGCGGCGGCGCGGCAGGCGAGCGCCGAGGCUGCCGAGGCACAACGACUGCACCGCGCGGAGCAUGCCAAUAUCGUGGAGACGCUUGCGGGCAUGUUCCCGGAUCUGGAUCGGGAGGUCAUCAGUGAUGUCGUGUACCAGAAAGAGGGGAGGGUGGGACAGGCUGUUGACGCCUGCCUUGCGCUGUCUGCUUGA